AUGGCCGACAAACUGCGCGCGCAGCAACAACUCGAGGCUCUCCAGGCCCGCUACAUCGGUAUCGGAAGCGCAGACACUACCAAGCACGAAUGGACAUCCAACAUCGCGCGCGACUCGCUCUCGAGCUACGUCGGCCACCCGCCUCUUCUACAGUACAUGAGCAUCGGACUGGGACAGCCGCGCGAAAAGACCCGGCUACAGUUACUAGAGCGCAUGGUCAGGCCUGUCGGGCCUCCGCCUGAGCAACAAGAUUGA